UCACUCUUGUACCCUUCCACUGGUCAGACCGACUAAAGUUAUUUCCGUUAAAGAGAGACAGGAACCGCACGUAUGCAUGUCUUUAAGUGUUCAGAGGUAUCUAAGUCUUGCUCUUUGCUAUUGCUCUUUGCUAUUGCUCUGAUCCUGGAUGUGUCCCCAGCCCUAUCUUAAUGGGGAGGAUAUGAAGAGAGAAGUCUCCUUUAAUAUUUCUCGGCUUUUCCCCUUCCAAGUAACGAACUAUUUUGUGCCUGAGUUGAUAAGAGAACAGACGGAGCCUCUUACCCCUUCUGUAGUCACUAUUCCCUUCAUUGGAAUUCACACCCCCGAGAUGACCAUGACCACGACCACGACCAUGACCAUGACCGCGACCGCGACCGCGACUACGACCACUGAAACGAAUACACAGAAUCCUUCUGACACACUUUCACAUACGAUCAGUCCUACUCCUUCUCCUGCCUCGCCCUCAUCCCCGACUUUGAGCGGAAGCACAAGUCCAACGUCAACGGACGUGCCAUCGGUGACAGUGUCCGUGUCCUCAGUUAGCCCGAGCCCGACAUCGCCAAGUAGUCCUGGGGUGACCGUUACGGUUAGUCUGACUCCUCUUCCUACGCUGACUACGACCACAGAAAACGGGACUGUGAGCGGGGGUCCUGCCACGCCUACACCCACACCCACGGGUACGGAUUCGACCAUGCCCACGAUCACGACCACGACAGCACAGUCUGGCAGCAGGAUUACAACUGCCACGGCCAUCACCACGACUGCACCAUCCUCGCCGACGACGACUGUUCAUAGCCCAACGCCAACGAUCACAACAACGACGACUCCGCACACGACGACGAAGAAGCACAGACCUACAAAGACGACAACUCCCUGGCUACCAAGUACGAUCGAACCCAUCGGACCUCCCAAGACAACGCAAACGGCCUCUCCGGGCACGUCGCUCCCAGAUGUUGUAAUCCCGAACAUGAGCCCCAAGAUCCCUUCCAACUCCUUCAACGUUCAUCUCCGCUUCGAGCACGUCUCGUACGCCCAAGUGAUUGAUAACGGAGUCCUGGCCGCCCAACUGGUCUCCUUCGUCCCAGCCCAGCUCGGACCCUUGCUCAAGGUCGAUGUGGACCAGAUCCUUGUACUUGCGAUCCGUGACGGGUCUACGAAAGCGAAUGGAGGGUCUGGACGGAGGGCUCGAAAGCGUGCCCUUGUGACCUCGAAGAACGUCGACGAUGCCAUCAUGGCGACGGUUGCGAUUCCAUCAAAGAGCUACUGGGCAUUGAACACCCUUGUCCGGGACACGCAUUCGGCGCUCUAUCAGGCGGGUGAUACCUCUUUCGGGCAGUACAUCGAUUCCUCGUUUCCCCUGAGUCGUAACCCGCCCGCGAACAGCGAUCAGAAGGGUAGCUCGGGAACGAUGAAUCCGUUGACGGGUGAGAACUUUGGUUCGGUUGACCCCAAUGCGGUGACGGCCGGUGGUAGUGAUGGUAGCGGUGGAUCGACACACGGGGCAGUUAUUGGAUCGUUGGUCGGGUUGGCGACGGCGGCUUAUGUGGGGAUCGCGAUGGUGGCAGUCAAGGUUUGGAGGAAGAAGAAGUUGAGGGAGCAGGAGGAGCGCGAUAAGUUGCACAGGAGUAUCUCGGCUCCGAUCAGCGUCCAGGGUUCUUCGCAGGGAUGGGCUUGGCAUGGUUAGAGGAGUCUCUGUCCUCGCUUCAUGGAUUUUGUAUUUCCCCAAUGUCACACCCACGCCCACGUACACACCCACAUACACAUACUCAUUAUAAAAAAAAGGCCGCCUUUACUUUCUUGAGGAUAAUUCUGUUAUUUUGAUAAUCCUUUCUCUACACCCAGGAAGUAUGCGAUUAUGUAUGCUUCUCUCCCUUUUUCCAUUUUCCUUUUUACU